AUGUAGCAAAAGUUGGAACUUCAUGGAAGAUUAUUUUGCAAAAAAGACUAUCAUCACAGCACAAUUAAUCGAUAAUGUUGACUCAUCUAGAAAUUUUAAUACAUUAUGCUCUUCCUGUUGUUGUGCAGCGUUGCACUUAUCAAAGUAUCAAAUGCUAGCAUAGGAAAUCAAAAAGAAGCUACAGAGACAAUAUAUAUAAAGAUUCUGGCUGACACAAGUGAAAUACUGGUUGCAUGGAAUGAUACAGUAUUUAAUAAUGGGCGCAAGUUUUCGUCAUUCGAAUCAGUUGAAAUAUCUUAUCAAGACGCGGAAGACGACGAUGCUGUGCAGACCAAAUUGGUGAUACCUCGAGAAGAUCAUGGAACUAAAAUUUCUGUUGAUACUUCUAAAGUUUACAUAUUUUUCAUAAGAUAUAUGACUCCUAGUUCCAAAAGAUGCUUUCCAAUACUGGUUGUGUCAGAAAUUGGAAACAAUAAGCGCCGUGAUAUUGGAGUGUAUGAUCUUCUUAUAAAGGCAAAGCCAAACGUAGACUGGGGAUACCAUGGGGACAGAGUUAAUCAAGGGGAAACAGUUUACACUGGGAUAGCUUCAGGAUUAGACGAUCAAGAGUUAUUAUCGGUAUUUAGUUACCACAAAAGGUACAAAGCCUUUUUAGUGGGUAUGAAACGGACUACAGCUGGAUCCCCUGUACUGUGGGAUAUGCUCCAUAAAGAAUGCAGCACAUUUCAAGCAUGUUAUUCCAACCAAUGGAAAAAAGAAAAUCCUAUCAAAUCGAUAAAUAACUUUUUAGAGUUAUAUGGAGAAGAUGUUCCCGAUAAGCAACAUUACAAAGAUGGCAAAGUAUUUGGUUUUGCAGCUGACAAUAGAAUUCGAUAUGGUACGUAUUCAAGGAAAGGAGGAGCUUAUUUAUAUUUUGGAUUUGGAAUACAUAGAUCCCCGUAUGUUGGUUUUUGGGGUGACAAAAAUGAUGACAGCACUCCGUUUUAUGGUUACUUUUUAGGACAACGAGAAACAGAUUUCAUAGUAUCAACAUCUAACGAAUGCAUAUUUACAGUGUGUGGUAUAGGAUUUCAAAUGCUUGUGCAUGAAUGCAAGAUUUCACAUGUGCCUUGGAAUGAAAUAUUUUGCCCACCUGAGAUGACUGAUAUGACAUGCAUCGAAAAAGAAUGCCCAUUUGACACCCCUCAGAAUUUUCGUAUUGAAGCCCGUGAGCCAACAUCUAUUCACCUUAAGUGGGAUGCUUAUGAUCUGAGCGGUUUGCAUGCACCAGAAAAUUUCAUAUUCAAAAUAAAAGUAUAUGGCAUUAACGAUGUGCAUCUUCAGACUCAUGAUAGAACAAGAGAUUACACUGGAAUAAUCAUUUACAACCUCAAUCCGUUCUCAAACUAUACUUUUAGUAUAGAAGGAUUUUCUACCAUGGGAAAUGUUAAAGGGAAUUCAACAUCGAUUUCCUCAAGCACUAAAGAAGGAGUUCCAAAUGGCGCUGCAUCAUUUACCACAGCAGAGUCAAUUAAUUCGUCAUGCAUGGAACUAAGAUGGGACCACAUUCCAGAAGUUAAUGUUUUGGGUAACCUGCGAGGUUAUGAACUAACAUAUUACAUUACAACGGACUCUUUAAAUAAGGUGGAUGUUGAGACGGGAUUGGUUACAGAGUAUAUGGUUUGUGGUUUAGAUCCUUUCACCGAAUACGGAUUUAAAUUACGAGCAAGAAAUAGUGAUUAUCUUUCAGAUAAACACGACUACAUUCAAAAUAGAACAGCAGAAUCAGUUCCUCUGAAGUUUGAAAGAGAUGUAUGGGGAAGCGAGACUGGUUCAUAUUCUCUCAAAGUUGAAUGGCAAGAGUUAAAAAAUACAAGACAAUGGCUUGGUUACCCUUACCGAUAUCAUAUAUACUAUCGUCGUGCUGGAGUGUCUGAAUUUACAAAAGAAGUAGUUGUCAAUGCAAGUACAUUUGAAGUUGAAAUUGAUGGUUUGGAAGGAUACAGAGAGUAUGAAGUAGCUGUAGCUGCUGCUACAACAAUUGGUGUUGGACCAUACAGUGACGUUGAGGUGAUAAAAACUGGUGAAGCACCGCCGACGGGACCACCCCAAAAUGUUACAGGCGCGUAUAAUGACUCUCGCAGUAUUCACGUGAACUGGACUGAGCUGAUUGAGGAAGAUAGACGAGGAAUAAUAACUAAAUAUCUUGUUGUUUGUACCACACUUGAUCUUGUAGAAAUGGAACGUCGAAACGUGUCAAGUGACGACAUUCGAACAACCAUAUUUGGAGGACUCGAAAUCUACACACCAUAUUUAGCUACCGUGGCUGGAUACACUGUUGCUGGACUUGGACCAUUUAGUGGGCCAAUCACUAUAUGGACAGAUGCUGAAGCACCAUUCAGAGGACCUUACAAUCUUACUGGUUACAACACAAGUUCCACAUCGAUAUACAUUGAAUGGGAUGACAUAUCUGAAAUGGAAUGGGCUGGUGUUAUUGGGCAUUUUCGUCUAACUAUUCAAUCGCUUGAAGAUCCAAAGGAUAAAAAUAUAACAAACAUUACACGUAAAGGGAGCGAAAAUUUUUUUACCUACGAAGCAAAAGAUUUGAUAUAUUUUACCGUCUAUCAGAUUGAAGUCGUCUGUUUCAACACUAAAGGAGUAUCGCCUGUUUCAAAUAUUACUGUUAUUACAGAAGAAUCGUGGUCAGUCAUCCCUCCUCCAAGUAUUCAUGCUGUUGCAACAGGUUUUAACAAUGUAAGCAUUUCAUGGGAAUAUCCUGAUGAGAAAAAAAUCCCUGGAACCAUAAGGGGCUACACAAUAAGAUUGCUGCCAAUAUAUACCGUGGAAGACCUAACCAUUGGAACAUAUUCAACACGGCAACGGAGAUCGACCUCCAAUGAACUGUGUGCUGAUGGACAAUAUUGUGCUGGCUUACAGCUGCAAAUGGAUAACAUUACAGUUUCCGGUUCUGGUACGGUUAGCUUUAAUACCAGUGGACUUAGAGGGUAUACACAUUAUAAUAUCAGUAUUUCUGUAGACACCAAGUUUGUUGGCUUAGCUAGUUCACCUAUACAAAUUUUCACGCCUGAAGGAACACCUUCAAUGUCGGCGUUCAAUUUCACCUGCGAAGGAGUGAGUUACAGUUCUCUCUUAUUACAAUGGAAACACUCUCCUCCUGCCUAUCUGGAAGGUAUUCGAACAAAGUAUAUGAUUUAUUACCAAUUUGAGAAUAAAAUAGUGAAUGAAACCCAUGAGCCAUAUAAAAGAAGAAUGGAGUUGUUUUUCUUAAAGGCGAACACAGAAUAUACAGUAUGGAUGACUGCUUUUACCAGUGCUGGAGAAGGAGCGUCUACUGAAAAGUUGAACUGUUCCACAUUCGAAACUGAACCAACUGCAGCUCCAACCAACGUAACUGCAACAAGUUUUCACUAUCCAUAUGCGAGUUUAAUUCAAUGGGAACACAUACCAGAUGAUCAAUGGCAAGGAUCUAAACAGGGCUACACUGUCUUUUAUGAGAAGUUAUCCACUGGUGAAGUCGAUGUUGGGGAUGGAUGGAUAAAAACUACAAGAGUCGAUGUCCCUUUAACAACUUCUUAUUUUCUCGAAGGUUUAGAAUUGUAUAGUGUUUACAGAGUACGCGUAGCUGCAAGAAGUAAAUCAGGUGUUGGGUUCAAAAGCGAUCCAGUUCAACUUGAAACAUGCCAUGUUCCACAAGCAAAGUUGAUACUCAAUUACAUGAUAUAUCCACCCUAUGUUGAUUAUCCAAAAGGUAACAGUUUACGUCCAGAGGGUAUUUUAAUGGAUUUAACUGAACAAAUGCUGCUAACAUGUGCUCACACUUGCAUUUCAUUCAAUGAAAGUGUUUACAUCUCUUACAAUCGCGUUGAUUUGGAUUCAUUCAGCGAUAUAAAGAAUUUUACUAUAAACGGUACUGGAUUGCAAGUUCCCAGAAUGGAUACCGGCAAAUUUACUCCUGAUUAUUCUCUUGUUACAACCACAACCAGUCCAGGAUUUAUUCUUCUUGAAACCCCUGACAGCCCCGUACAGGCAGCUACGAAAGUUGAAGAUGGUUUACUUGAUGGAGUCUUUUCAACAUUGCCUAUUUGUGCCCUUUAUUUUGUCAUAAACUGGUUGUUCGGUGCAAUGUUUUGGUUUUGCGAACCAACAAAGGUAGAACAUCGAGGCCGUGGAAUGUCGUUGGCCGGCAUAUUUGAAGGAUUGUAUUUGGCUAUCAUGACAAGCACUACUGUUGGGUACGGUGACAAGAUACCUGAAACCACAUCCGGACGUAUAUACAUCGUUUUUUGGACACUUCUGGGUUUGGUGUUAACUGGAAUCGUAACUGGCAGUCUUUCAUCAGCUUUGUCAGUUGCGUCCAUUAAUUCAAUGAAGCAACAGCUUCCUGAUGACAAGGUGUUGGCAUUGUAUGGCUCCGCAGAGUACACAUAUGGCAAGAAAAAAAUGAAGAAGUUCGAUACAAACGUGACAUACUACUCAUACGAAGAGCUGUUUGAACCACUGAGAAAUAAAAGUGUUAAAUUUGCAUUGCUUGAUCGAUAUGUUGCUGAAAUACUGAAAACCAAUUUAUCUGAGUAUGGAUUGAUUGUUAAUAAAGCAUUUGAUGUACCAACUGAUUUUGGCGUGGCUGCGUUUGGUGAAAUGGAGAAAUUAAAAGUUUGUGGAGUAAAAUUUGCAAAGGAAAACACGGAUAUUACAUCUAAAGCUAUCUCUAAACUUCUAGAGGAGCUGGCGAAGGCGAAAUCUGGUAAGAAUUCAUCAAGUUCUUCAUCAAGUUCCUCUACCUCGGCAACUACUGAGGGGAGUGUUGACUUGAUUAGUUUUCAAGCGCCGCUGUAUCAAAAAACAUUUAAAAUCGUGUUGAUUAUAUGGGCGGUAUUUAUUAUGAUCGGUUUGAUAUAUGAAAUUUUCAGAAGAAGACGUGUUAAUUUCAUCAAGAACAAAAUCCACACGGAAAGAGAGCUAAAUCUGCUACGGCUAGCAGAUUUGCAAAGUUUGGUUAGAGAAAGCAGAAAAGAGUUUCAGGAGAUGAUUACUAGUGUUGAAGAUAAAAUUGAAAAGUUAAAUUACAAACAUGGGAAACAAUUGCUAAAGAUGCGAACAGAAAUAUCGAAAAGGUAUGGCGUUAACUUUAAAUAUAUAAAACCCAGUGAACUCGGCGUACCGUUGGAAAAGAUUCUGGAGUACAAGGAGGAUCUCAAAAAUAAACCAAAAGACCCCUUCUCGGUGAAGUUUCGAAAGUUCCGAGUGAGCGUGGCAAGUGCCUUUGUGACAAUCAUCAGAUUUUUUAGAGGUAAGAAUUUUUCGUGAUGACUCAAUCCAGUUACCUGAUAAAGGUGAAGCGUUAUUUAUAUGUAUUGUAAAUAUUUAAAUGAAAUUAAUGUAAUAUAAUAUAAAAAAAUCUAAAAUAAGUUGGUAUAUGUAUAUGCAUAUACGAGGUACAGUUUAAAGAUAACAGAAACAAAAUAAUUUCAAUAGUUCAGUUUCGAACAUCUUACAAACCACAAAGAGUUUAAAAAAGAUAUUCGUAAAGCGUUUAUUCUUAUCUUAUUUGUGGAAGGAUCACAGUAAAAAGUCACCAAAUUCUGGCCCAGUGACUGAUACUUUGCACCCAUCACAAUUUUUUUGGACUUUGUUUCUUUGCUGAGUAACCUAUUUUCUGUCCAUUUUUGCUUUUUCUUUUUUUAGUGCAUUAAAAAGCAAAACGUCUAUAAAAACAGAUUACCGAUGUUGUAUAUUUUUAGUUUGUAGUUUGAGUUUUGAAAAAAUGUGGUCCCCGAUAUGCACUCCUUUGAAAAAUCCACAACGCAUUUUUUGAUGCACAAGUUUCGUCAAAUUUUAAAGUAAUUAUUUUGACUUAUUAUUAGUUAUCUAUUACAAUUUUAAUUGAUAAUAUGCAUUUGACGACUUUUAUUGCACAUUUGUAAUAUAAAUAACCAGCGUCAAUAUAAAAUUGACGGCA